CGUUGUACGCUGCGGUUCGGCAUAAAUCUUCCAAGUUUAUUGAAUUGAAUCAAGUAGCAAAGAUUGAAAGUGCUAAGCAGAGUUAAUUUAUUUAUGCAUAAAUGCAAAAUACUUCAAAUAGCUAAUAAAAGUGCUCUUAACUCUCUUAACUGAAUAUGUGAAUGAACGAGUUCCAAGCAAAAUUUUAAUUAAUAAAUAAAAAAAACUGUUUGAGAAAACAGCAAAAUUAUUAUUGAAAAUUAUUUGAAAUUAUUACAUCAGUAGAGUUUAUUGCAAUACUUGAUAUUUUUCAAGCAUAUGCAAUAAAAAGCAUAAACUAAGUACAAAUUUUUAUUAUAAAUAAAAGCAAAAAGUGAAGAAAAUGCCACAACAGCCUUCAUACUGGAAAGUCCUUACCCGCCGGAAAGUAUUAUCUAAUGAGGGAGUGGAGAGCGAUACUAAACUGAAUAGAGUUUUGGGUUUAUAUGAUCUGACAGCACUUGGAGUUGGCUCCACAUUGGGAGCGGGUGUUUAUGUUUUGGCUGGACAAAUAGCAAAAGAACAAGCUGGACCAUCGGUAAUGAUUUCAUUUGCAAUAGCCGCAUUAGCCUCACUUUUGGCAGGUGUUUGCUAUGCGGAAUUUGGUGCCCGCGUCCCAAAAGCAGGUUCCGCUUAUAUUUAUAGUUAUGUUUGCAUUGGAGAAUUUGCUGCUUUCGUUAUUGGUUGGAAUCUUAUGCUGGAAUAUAUUAUUGGUACGGCAGCAGUUUGUCGAGGCAUAAGUUUAUAUCUAGACACACUGAUAAGUGAUACACUAAAAACUACAUUUGCUGAAAUAGCGCCAAUGCAUGUGAGCUUCUUCGGCAGCUAUUUUGACUUCUUCGCAUUUGGAUUGGUUGUAGUUUUUGGCGUGGCACUUGCGUUUGGUGUGGAGACCUCGGCGAUAGCAAAUAAUUUUUGCACCUGCUUAAAUAUUUCAAUUUUACUUUUCGUGAUUAUAGCAGGUUCCAUCAAAGCUGACUUUUCCAAUUGGAGUAUCGACAUUGCCAAUGUAAAUGUCACAGACACUAAUCUUGGCACUGGCGGUUACUUUCCGUUUGGAAUUUCUGGUACCUUAAAAGGCGCUGCUACUUGUUUCUUCGGUUUUGUGGGUUUUGAUUGUAUUGCAACUACAGGCGAAGAAGUACGAAAUCCUCGUAAAAAUAUACCUCGAUCCAUUCUACUAUCAUUACUCAUCAUUUUUCUCUGUUAUUUCGGUGUUUCGACGGUCUUAACAUUAAUGGUACCAUACUACUUACAAGAUGCCAAUGCACCACUACCAUAUGCUUUCAAAAAUGUCGGUUGGACUUUUGCUAUGUGGAUAGUUUCAAUUGGUGGUCUGAUAGGACUUUUAGCAAGUCUUUUUGGGGCCUUAUUUCCUUUACCUCGUGUUAUGUAUUCAAUGGCCGAAGAUGGUUUGCUAUUUAGAUUUUUGGGUAAAGUAAGUCCACGUUAUCGAGUGCCGGUAGUUGGCUCUAUUUUCGCAGCCAUGAUAACAGCACUAAUUGCUGGAUUAUUUGAUUUGGCACAAUUGGUAAAUUUGCUCUCAAUUGGCACUCUGUUAGCUUACAGUGUAGUGGCGAUAUCAAUAACUAUUUUAAGGUACAUGGACAACUCUGACGAAUCUGAUAGAGAAAAUGGAAACCAACCAUCUUCGGAAAGUACUCUAUUAACAUCCACCGGAAAUAGGAUAACUUUUAAGGCCGUAAUGAUACAAUCAUUCAAUUUCAAGCGAGUACAAAUACCGAAUGAAAUUUCUACACGUAUCGUGGGCACUUUGAUGACACUUUUCUGUCUGCUUUCUCUUGGCAUUGGACUGAUUCUUAUGCAAGCGUAUGAUGCACUGGAAAGCAGUGAGCUAUGGGCCGUCAUGCUCCUAUCUAUACUUGUUAUUUUAACAACUAUGGUCUUAAUUGCGAUUUGCUCUCAACCUAGAGAGGCUUAUACACGUUUCUUCAGAGUGCCAUUUGUGCCGAUAGUGCCGGCUAUUAGUAUUUUCAUUAAUAUUUAUCUUAUGCUGCAGUUGGAUACAAUGACUUGGAUACGCUUUGGUAUCUGGAUGAUUAUAGGUAUACCAAUGUUUAUUGCAUGUUGGUGCAUGUAUGAUAUAAAGAAUCCAAUGAAACGUAAUCCAAAGCGUAUAGAAUUUCUAAAAGACCUCAAAGCAACUGCAGAUGAUAAAAAUCCUAGAAAUCAUAAAACAAAUGGCAAACAUAUAGUUGAAGCCAACAAAGGAAUGGCAAAAACUGCAAACAAUGGUAAAGAGACACCAAGUGAUGCCCCAAACGGUACGACAAUGAACAUCCAAAAUGAGCAUUCUGUCAAAAGUUUAGAUGAGAUUAUGAAUUUGAGUGAAGUUGGUGAUGAUUUGAUUGAAAAAAGACAUCCCAAUGGGAAAGUAUUUUAUAUUGAAGACACAAAGAGUAACACUUCUACUGCUACACUGGAAAACGAUGACGAACGAAAAAAAAAUGGUAGCACUGAUACCACAGACGAUGAAAAGUCAGUUAUUGCUAUGUUAGAUGAUGUAUUAAAGGCGGAAGAUGAAAGCCCACAGGUGGACGCAGUACCAUAUUUUAGUCGCAAAUUGAGUGUGGACUCAGAAAUGAUGCCAAGUGUUAUUGAAACUACCACCGUUGCAACGGUGCAUAGUAGUAGCGAUUCUUCAGAAAAAGACAUCGAUGAAAUGCCAGAAGUGGACAAUGAAAUAGAGAACCGAAAUCGCCUUAAUUCAAAUUUUGAGUUAUAUGCUGAAAGCCAAAUAGUGGCACAAAAAUUAGUAGACGAAAUAUUAAAUAGCGAUGAACUCUGGCAAACAUUGUUGGAACGUAGAAAGUUACAAGUACAACAGGAAAUAGAAAAAUCACCCGAAAUAAAUGAAACCGUUAAUAAUGUAUUAAGUGUUAUAGAAAAUGACAAUAAAUUAAAAGACGCUGAACCUGUUGAAGCAGUCAGUAUGAGACGCACAAACUCAGUUGAUUCACUACUAUCAACAAAUUCAGUGGAAGAUCCAUUGCGUUCGGAAAAGUUUAAAAAUAAAUUAAGUAGAUUAAUUAUGAAACCACCACCCAUUGCCACAAACAAAUCAAACAAAGAAGAAGAAACAGGGAGCACAAAUCUUAAAGAUGUUGCGACUCAGGAACCCAAGCUGAAACAGUCCAAAAGCGAAGCUGAUAUUAAGAAACUAAUAUUAAAAGCAAUUGAAGGAACUGGAAUGAGUUUAGAUGAUGACACAAAUAAUACUAUGAACCAAAAAAAUAAUGACAUACCAAAACCACCAAAGUUUGAUCCAGUACUUUAUAAAACUAUAAAUAGUCUGAGUAUGAAUAAAGAACGACCGAGUCUUGAUAAAUUAUUAAAAACCGAUGAAGAACCAAAACUGAAACGUUUCACAUCCCAGCAACCACAAUCAGUUGAACCGCAAGUGCCAUUUAAGCAAAAAUUAGAAGCUAUACUAAGACGUGGUCCUUCUAAUCGCUUACAAAAACCUCCAGAAGUAAUUUUAAGAAGACCCAAAUCUAUUGGUCCUACAGAGGACCUACCAACUAAUACUUUUAACGUUCCUGAAACUCAAACAAAAAGCAUUGCAACAAAAUCUGAAACUAGUCUCAACACAGAUAACCUAACUCCUUUGGAGACAAUUAAUCACAUAAAAAAUACACUCAAGCCUAUCAAAAAUGGUAGUGUCCAGUUAUAGUAUUUACUGAUACUGUAGUUUUUAAUUGGACUUUCAAUAUACUUUUUCUAUGGACUACCGAAUAGCUUGCGAGAAUUAAGAAGACAGCGCGUGGGCUGGCAAAAAUUAAAAUAUAG